GGGAACACAUUGAAGAACGGAAGGAUGGUGAAAAUGCCUCGUUUGCCGCGUUUGACGCCCCGGAGGUCCACAACAGAGGACGCAGAAAGAGCGGAUGCGAAGAAAUUGAAAAACAAGAUCAAAAUUCAAUUUAGAAACUUGCGAGGCCAUAAACCCGUCGCGGACUCCGUUCCUAAAACAGUUCCAGAGGCGCCGCUAACAUUUGAGGAGAACUUGUGUCAAAGACGUUUGGCUGAGGCAAGUCGGCAGCUAUUAGAGCGAGAAGAUGUCAUCUUUAGCGUGGUCACCGAUGAGGACCCGGCUGCCGCUGAGGAGAGAGCCAAAGAACGAGACCAGCUCCAAAGGGACUAUGAAAAGCUCCAGGUACACGUACAUAUGGUCGUCCAUGACACGUUCCAGCAGAACACAUGUGGCGACUAUCAGAAGGAAUUACACAGCGCCGUGACUUCAAUCAUGCAGGAGGAAGAACAGGAUAAACGCUGGCUAGAGCCUGCCGAGGGCCAGGAUACGCCCGACUAUCGGCCGAGAGAGUGUCUGGCGAACCACAACACCCUCCUCCAGAAAAUAGCGGAAUCGAGGAUCAAGAACGCAGAGGAGGGCGAGAACAGCGCGGCGGAUAAGCUGUCCACAAGUUUCAAGAAACAAGUGUGCAAGAUUGGCCAGGGAGUGCAACAUGACCUGUUGAAAGUGGCUAAGGACGUGAGACAGUGCUACCCACCAGAACUAGACAUCUGCCAGAUCUACGCUCGUGUCUAUCACCAAGCCUUCUCCAGCCGCAUGACAGACUUCUCCAAGUGCAGUCUGGACCAUGAGGACUGCAUCUAUCUACUGAACUGGAUCAACAAUUACUACCCAACGGAUGUGUUGAAGCACAAAGAGCUGAAAGAUCACAUAGACAGCGCAUCUCUGGGGCGCCUGCUGCCAGAGCAAGAUCUAAAACGCCUGGAGGAGCAAUAUUUGUCCCACAAGGAGGCGACCUUGAGAAACUGGCUAGCCAACGCUCUGAAGACGGAGGAGGAGAGGUGGCACAAGGGCCAGUGGCCGGAGCUCAUUGAUGAGUACUACAUCAGCCACAUCGCAGUGGACGUCAUUGGGUUGGUGACCCCGCUUGCCAAAGAGGCCACGACUAUUUUGGGGGACGAGGUGCGAGUGCAGAGACUUCAGUGCCAGCUGGACGGAUUCUUACUGAGCUACAAGAGGGCCUUAGAGGACUUUUCAAAAGGACGUCACGAGACUAUAAAAGCCGUCCUGAAGGCUAACCUUGUUAGCAUUCAGCAGUUCAGGGAGUUUUUGGAAAAAAAGGAGAGCAUCUUCACAGAGCAGACCAGAAGCAGCUGCCUGUCUGUCCUGGCGGACCUCAGAGACUACUGCUUUGCAUACUUCCUCUGUCCCAUACAGAGGGAACUACUGGUCCAUUACCGCAAGCUGUGGACCAACCCGUGGUUCAGCGCGAGGCAGGGGGUUCCGCCAGAGAUACUCGGCAUCUUGUCAGGGCAGGUGCACGAGUUCAGAGACAUGAAGCCUUCCUGUCGAGAGGAGCUAGUGGAGCAGCUCCACUUAGAGGUGAUGGUGCAGUACGUGAAGAGGAUCUUCAAGAGGAAGAUGAAGCUGAAGGAUCGUGAGCAGCAGAAGGCUGCUUCUCAACUCCUGUGUGAGGACAGCAAGAAGCUCAACGAAUUAUUCAGCGAAAUGGGCUCGGGGAACACCUGGCUGGACAAGGUGAUCCCGCAGCUGGCUGAGGUGGUGCGGCUGCAGGACCCCGGAUCCAUCCAGCUGGAGAUCGUGACCCUGGCCCGAGAGCACCCAGACCUCAGUGAGAAGCACAUCAUUGCCCUCCUGCACCUCAAAGGCAACCUGCCCGAGCGCGAAGUCCGCCGCAUCAAGGAGAGCCUGAGUGUGAACCGCGGCACCCUCACCUCUCAGCCCGCGCCCGCCUUCUUCUCCAAGGUUCCUGUCAAAUAAUUGGACAUAGCCGUAGUGCCAUUAGCACCCAGCGACUGAGACAAACAAUGCUGCAACACUCAGGCUAUUUUAGGUGACACUUCAAACCCCACAUUGUAUCUCUCUUUGAUAUAGUAUACACAGCUUUGUUACCAAGCAACUGCAAUAUCAUCUUGGAAUUGUGCAGCCCUUAGACGUGUCUGGUGAAUAAAGCAGAGGCAUGCCGUUAUCUAAGGUCUUAGCACCAUGCUGUUAGCUAAUAAUAACAUGAUACGGGUGUCAACGUAUGAUUUCCUGUUUAGACAGAGGUCACUGUCACUGUCAUUGUGUGUUUGUGAUUGGGGUCAGGGCCCCUGACAGGUUUGGCUGGGCCCGGGAUAAAAAAUGGGCCCCAAACACAAUAAUUGCAAUGUAACGAAGAUCCAAUCCUGGGACCCCUCUGUCCCUGGGCCCGGGACAAGUGAGCCCUUUGUUUGCACCCCCCCC